AUGGACCGGCCGGAGACACCGAAGCCCUACUCCUGUGUGAUAUGCCACAAAAGGAAAGUGAAAUGUGACCGCCAGGAGCCUUGCUCAAACUGUUCAAAGGCCAACGCCGAAUGUGUGUAUCGGCCUCCGCCGCCGCCUCGGCGUCGCAAAAGGGAACGCGCCGACAGCGGAGACGCGUUGCUGGAUCUUGACCAAUCAAUCCGGCGAGGAGCUAAGGAGCUUCCCCAGAAUCAUGCUGCCAAACAGGCUUCCACUAAAGAUUUAUUGGCUGACCCAAGCCAGCGUGGCCAUAGUAGCGGGAGAAUGAUCAUGAAACAGGGUAAUUCUAUCUAUCUGGAUAGCACUCUUUGGACGAGAGUCAGCCAAGAGCUUCCCGAUGCUACACAUGUUUUGGACAAUGCGUCAGAUCAUGAGAGCGAUGAUUUAUCAGACGAAGAACUUGACGAAACACUCAUGAUCCUGGCUCCUGGGGCUGAGAAUAGCCGUGCAGGCCUACAUCCCAACCCAGUCCACAUAUUCAAACUGUGGCAGACUUUCCUUGAAAACGUCAACCCCCUUAUCAAGAUAUUACAUACUCCCACCGUCCAGCCGCAAAUAUUAGACGCUAUGGUUGACCACGAGAAGAUGAGCAGAGACCUAGAGGCCUUGAUGUUCUCCAUGUACUGCAUAUCGCUGAUAUCACUGACAGCAGAAGAGGUGGCAGAGUCAUUCGGAGAAAGUAAAAAGAACCUGCUGCGAAGAUUCCGGAAAGGAGCCCAGUUUGCUUUCAGAAAUACAUCACUCCUUCGCACCUCUAGCUUUAUGGUACUGCAGGCUUUUAUCCUAUACAUACUAUCCUUGCGCGCGGUAUCUGAUCCCUCAUCCGUCUGGACGCUAAGUGGCAUUGCUAUGAGGAUCGCUCAACGAAUUGGAAUCCAUCGAGAUGGCGCUGGCUACGGCUUGUCGCCAUUUGACACUGAGAUCCGACGCCGAGUGUGGUUUCAGUUAGUGAUCCUUGACGCCACUUCUGCGCAAUCCUGUGGAGUGGCUUCAAGCCCGAUGCUGCCAACGUCUGAUUCUAGGCCACCAGCAAAUGUUAAUGAUAGUGAUCUGGAUCCACUGAUGAAACAACCACCAAGCGAGAAGGACGGAGUUACGGAUAUGAUGUUCUGUCUCGCCCGCAGUGAAUUUGGGAAAUGGCUCCGCCGUUGGAGCGCGGCGGAUGGAUCCGACCCCUCUAACUCCCCAUGGGCAUCUUUGGCGUCUUCGUCAAUGUCUUCCCGGGGAAAAGACGAAGCAGUCAAGGAACUGGAGAGUCUGCUCGAAGAAAAAUACUUGAAAUACUGUGAUCCAUCGAUUCCACUGCAUUCAGUUACAAUUAUGAUGGCUCGAUCCGCUAUCCUCUACACCCGGCUUAUGAUCCAUCACCCCCGGCAAUACCAAGGCUCAAAUACUCGGAUCCCGCAAGUUGAAAGAGACAUAAUGUUUCAGAAUUGCUUGAAGAUGGCUGAUUAUGCCAACUAUGUGCAAACUUCCACCGCUGUUCGACGUUUCUCCUGGCACACAGAAAACCACAUGCCUUGGGAUGCCAUGAUCUUCUUGCUAUCGGAGAUCCGCUCUCGUGCUGACCCCGAAGAGAAGAAAAAAGUUUGGGAAACUGUGGGCAAUAUUUACUCACGCUAUCUCGCGCAGCGAAAGAGGAAUCUAGAUGCGCCUCUGCAAAUGGCUCUUCAAAAUUUGAUUACCAAGGCCUGGAGAGCUUAUACUGCGGAUUGUAGUACUAAUCAGCAAACAACUGCUCCAUGUCCGCCUGUCGUGUCAACCCUUUUGGAAAAGGCGCGAUCCAGAGGUCUGACGAAUUUGACCGGGGGCUCUUCUCAAGCUGCAGACCCAGACCACUUAGUAUUCAACCCGGACACAUCGCCUUCGCGGGUCAUGAGCGACGGAACAGACUUGGAUUUCAUAUUUAACGCCGACAGCCCGAUGGAUUGGAACGAAUGGGACAAAUUUUUGAAUCAGUUCCAAGGGCCUUUCCUGGAUGGUAUGGCGGGGAGCAUUUCCUGA